CUUCCCCCUUUUUAAUAUAUAUAUAUAUAUAUAUACAGUAUAUAUAUGAAUUGUGAAUUUUAUUAACAUUAACGUAAAUCCUCCUUCCAUUUCACCUCAAAAUUUUGGAGAAGCUGUGCCUCCCCUGAUGAGCCGCCACUGCUUGCACUAACGUUACUUUACCCACCGCCAAAACAAACUGCUCUAGAACAAAUAAUUAAGAAAAUUAAAAAUACCCGUCCAAAAAGACUUAUAUCUCAUGUUUAACCACAUUAGAAGCCGGCAGAUUCCCGAAGGUCUGGCUGUGGUAAAGCUAACUUUAGGCGGGAACAGAUGAUGCUGGCCUAGAGCUCGCAUCUCUGAAAGCACUUAAGCAGUUUUUUUAAAUAGAUGCUAUCUUUAGAAAUAAACGGCGUAUUUUAAGCUUAUAAAACUACAUUUACAUCCAAAAAUUUCUUAAAAGUACAUUUCGUCACAUAAAAAAGUAAUAUUUACGUUAUUUGUGUGUGCGUGCGCACGGAGUAGGAUGUGACCGUUGGUCGCUGUGAAAUCUUGUUCGGAACUAGAGCAUAUUAUACUCUUUAUACAGCGAACAAACUAUUUACUGUAAUAAAUGGUGCUGUAUUACAUGAAAUAUUACUUACUGUGCAAACAGAUCGAAUGAUGGAAACUCCGGGGCUGAAACGAAAAUGUCUUCACUUCCCACCGUGAACCUGACUGGAAACUCCUUUUGCCGCCAGGGAAAAUGUGCAUUUGCGCGCAUGCGCAUAGAACCAAUUUAAUAUUUUUAAAUGAAUUUGAUUAAUUCGCAUGGCUUGGAUCUAAAACACAUGUAAUUCGCACAAUACCAAUUAAUAUAUAUUCAUUAAAAUCAAAAACUAAAUUUAAAUGGUUUAAACUAGCUAAAUUGAAUUAAAAUUGAAACUUAAUUUAAUUGGGGCCAUAAUCAUUUUUUUCAGUGUAUGCAUGAAGACUGCUUUAACAAAAAAAGUAGGCUACUCAACCAACUUGAACAUUUACUAGCAUGGAAAUCAUGUUAGCUAAAAUGUAGUGUUUGUUAGUGAUUUAAAAUUCCAUGGUGUGCAUGACUGCAGUUGUGUGUAAGUUGUGUGAGCUGGAAAAUGUAGAAAUUAACACAAGUCAAGUCCUCACAUCCCGGAUCAAUCAAUGAAAUAAAGAAAGAUCACAGACACAUUUCAACAUGUAGGCUUAUUUUAAAAUAGACUAAUAUGUAUAUGGUGUAUUUUUUUUUUUUUUUUUUUUUUGUGAAUAAACUAUAUUUAAUUUUUUCCUUGUACAUGUUAAAGAAAUAAUACAAAUAAAACUGUAAUACUAAACUGUAUAGCCACUAAAUCUGAUUCCAAUAGAUUUGGAGUUUGAAAGCACAGUGGCCAACAUAAAUGUCAUUCGCCAAGACAUAGGCCUUUGUCUUCUACUAGAAACAGGUGUAUAUAUAAUGUAAAUGUAUAAUAUAAAAUGGACAUAAGGUACAGCUGACCCAUUCUUUCACCAAUAUUAUGUGCAUCACUUUGCUUAAUUUAUUUCCACAGAGGACCUCUCUGAACUAUGCUUGGCCUGUGGGGACAAAUAUCCAUACACAGAAGACACUGAAGACUCUUGGGUCUGCAAAUUAGCAAACUGUUCUUCGUUUCACCCUGCUUCAAAACAUGUUAUAACGUCUGUGUCUCUUUCAGAUUCAGUGUGACAGCUGCAACGGAUGGUUUCACUGGGAAUGUGUAAACAGACCCAAUAUAAAAGAUAGUUUUGUUUGUCACGGAUGCCAAGGCCCUGCUUAAUUUUGUAUUAAGGCUUUUUCUUUCUUUCUUAUAAUGCACAUCUUCAGAUAACAUGCAUUCUGAUAAAGCAAACAGAGUGAAAUGCAUUGUUUUGGGUAAUUAUCCAAUAAAUAAAAAGAGGGGGAAAAGUUGACCCCCGUCUCCUCUUUUAUAAAAGUGUAAAUGGAAGCCUAUUUAAAAUCACAUUUAAUGCUCAAAGUAGGCUAAGUGUAUUGUCAAUAUGAUCCAAGUGUAAUUGUGGUUAAAAACGGGCAAGAAACAACACAAGAGAACAUUUAAAAAUUUGUAUUUAAACAUGCUUGUUAGCUAGGCUACAUCGGUUCGAGUCUCAGGUCCGGCAGGAAUUGUCAGUGGGGGGGAGUGAAUGACCAGCGCUCUCUUCCACCCUCAAUACCACGACUGAGGAGAGACCCUUGAGCAAGAACCGAACCACCAACUGCUCCCUGGGCUGCCCACUGCUCCGGGUGUGUGUUCACUGCUGUGUGUGUGCACCUGGAUGGGUGACAUGCAGAGCACAAAUUCUGAGUAUGGGUCACCAUACUUGGCCACAUAUCAAAUCACUUUUUAACUAUGUACAUUACAUACAUCACUAAACUACAACUAGCAAACACUUCUUUUUGUCCAUUGUCUAAAUGUAUUUUUCUUGCCAUGGCACCUGGCCAGCAGGUGACACAAAGUAAUCUUUCAGGAGGUCACGUUGCUGCUUCCCUGACCUUUCAGCUGGCACACAUUGCAUGGCCCCCAGAUCAUCUCUCCUCCAUGCUCCCUCGUUGACUCUGUGGUCUGCAUCCUCCCAGACUGCCAGUGCUGGUGUCAUGUAGGCCUCUGAACGGCGAUCACAGAAGGCAUGCUUAAGCAAGGGAGAUCUUGGUGACACUGUCUGGGGCAAAGGCCAAUAGUUGUAGACCCUCUGGUUGUGGUCCAGCUACCUGAAGGGGUAGGGUUUGGUGGAUACGCCUCAUCCCCCAAAAACAUAUAGGGUAGCACAAUAUCAGAACAGGGAAGCUUUUCUGGAGGAGGAACAUUCAGGAGACCCUGGUCCAGUGCUUUCUUCAGGUCAGAAUGUGCAAAGAGCCCAGCAUCCAAGACCCUGCCCUGAAUACCAACACUAAUAUAAACAAAUCUAUAACUUGCAUCUACAGCUGCCAUCAUGAAAACAGAAAAUCUGCCUUUAUAGUUGUACCACAUGCUCCCACUGUGGGCUGGGGCUGGAUGUAGAUAUGUUUGCCAUCAAGGGCACCCAGACAAUGUGGAAACUGCCAUUUCUCCACAAGGUUCUUGGCAAUUGCUCGCCAUUCUUCCUCUGAUUUUGGUGUCUGCAAAUAUAAAUGUAUUACAAAAUAUUUAUUUACAACAGUUAACAUAAAAGAUUUCUCCUCAUCUAAUCUCCUAGAGUAACUACUGAAUUUCUAAGUCAAGUUCAAGUCACCCCUACACACACACACACACUUUUAUAACACUACACUUUUCAGCAGUAACUAAAUUGUUCAAUCAAUUCAGUCAAGCAUACUAACUUAUAAAAUGUUUAGUUUGUCAUUAUGAAGUAUGCUGUUUAUCUUCAUAUUUGUACAUACUGUAUGCCAGAAUUUUUGCUGUUGUGAUACUAAUGAUAAAAAUAUUAAGAAUUUUGAACCUUUAGAAAAUCAUCUUUCAAGACCUGAUGUAGGGCUGCACACCUGUUUCAUUAUCAGAUACAGUAGUGGCCCCAUUCCUGUACUGAAAUUCUGUACUGUGAUUUGUAGGUUUCACCUUAACAUUACCGCAAAAUGAAAACAUAAAAGACAAACCUGUACAUUUGUUAAAUAUACAAACCUGUUUCCAAGAAUCUGAGGGUCAUCUUGGUGUCCAAAUCUUGUAGUGUGUGCAUGGGUAAGAUUUGAGGAGAAGAAAAUGAAAAGAAAAAAGAUUCUUAUGUGUGUGCUGCAGCCAGAUUUCAUAAUCGUUUAGGAUUUUAAAAUUCUUGUUGGGUGAACCCGGCUUUAGUUUUUUUUUCUUUUUUUUUCAAAGAACAGUAACAUGCAAUAUUUUGUCAAGAAACAACAAUAAAAAGAAGAAAAGGAAAAUCAAAAAGAUAAAUUACAAUAAAACAGUUGCCAGGGUAAGUAUAAAAGUUCAAAUCAAAGAUACAAGAUGCACACACACAUAUAUAUAUAUAUACACUGAACAAAAUUACAAAUGCAACACUUUUUUUUUUGCCCCCGUUUUUCAUGAGCUGAGCUCAAAGAUGUAAGACUUUUUCUAUGUACACAAAAGGCCUAUUUCUCUCAAAUAUUGUUCACAAAUCUGUGUUGGUGAGAACUUCUUUGCCGAGAUACUCCAUCCACCUCACAGGUGUGGCAUAUCAAGAUGCUGAUUAGACAGCAUGAUUAUUGCACAGGUGUGCCUUAGGCUGCCCACAAUAAAAGGCCACUGCUCCAUGACGCGCUUUCAUCUGAAGAGAGCCGCUUGCGUAAUUUAAAAAUUAACGGUCAUUUCAUUUUACUUGUUUACUCGUACUCGCUCGAUUAUUGAUCUAUUUAUUGAAUGAUUACUUAAAAUGAAUAUAGUUAUGACAGUAAAUAUGAUUUCGGAGGGAUUUGACAUGCCUAACUGAACAUGAUGUUAAGUGAGACAUUUUUUGUUCAUGGAUCAAAAGAGGAGUGUCCCGCUGUACAAACUGUACACUAGCGGCAUCAUCUCAGAAUGAAGUGUCCUCAAUGCAAUCAUGUGUCUUCAGAAAAGGCAAAAUUCUGCUGUGAGUGUGGCAACAAGCUGUCAUCUCUCUCAACUGAGACAGCACCAGACAAAUCACAAGACAAGUCUCAAUCAUCCUCAAACAUCGCACAUGGCCCUGAUAAAGAAAAGACUGAUAUCAGACCUGAAUCAGAAGUGCUGGGUUACCACAGUGUCAGUGUAUCUCCAACACGACCAAAUGAAGAUAUCAACAACGAGUCUCAAUCAUCCUCAAACAUCCCACAUGGCCCUGAUAAAGAAAAGACUGAUAUCAGACCUGAAUCAGAAGUGCUGGGUUACCACAGUGUCAGUGUAUCUCCAACACAACCAAAUGAAGAUAUCAACAACUCCAACCCAAAGAAAGAGAAGAAUCACGGUUCCAGUGUAGAUCCACCGGUGAAGCCCGAGCACAGUCAGGAGCAGCUGAAGUCUGUUUUUACUGCUGACCAGAAAUACAAUGAAAGUGUGGAUGCAGAAAGUCAGUAUGUCACAUCUCCAAAAAGGUGAACACAAAAUCGUCUGAUGAA